GUCCACUGGCGUACAUCGGCGAAAUUUCAUACCUGUGAUUCGCCGUGACAAAUAACGCGCGUUUCCGAUCAUACAAAUAUCGUUCGAAUCCGCUCUCGAGCAAACCAAAGUGUGCCUUGGUACGCAUCAGAUCACCAACGCCAACUUGAUCUAAAAAUUUUUUUUUUUAUCGUGAUUUCCUAUAUCUUGUCAUGAUCGUUUUACUCGGUAUAAUCCUGGUUCUGAGGGUGGAUUGCAGGUCUUUCAUCCAGGGUUAUCCAAGGGUGCAUCCCGGGUACAUCAUCAGGAGCGAUUCCAUCGGCAAGAUCAAAGAGGAGUACGAUGCUUAUAUUGACUUGAAGGAUAAUGAAGAUGACAGCAACGAAUAUGACAUUCUCUCCGAGGAAGAACGAUUCAUUUCAAAUGGUCACCAGUUUGGCACAGAUAGAGAUAGAGAGCUGAUCCAAACUUACAUUUUGGUGAAAACAUUAAGACAGAGAAACAAAAGAUACUCAAGCUAUCUCACGCUUUGUCAUUUCAAAAUCUGCAACAUGGGAAAGAAAAGGAGGACGAGGUUCGUCCAUGGUAUGGAAAGCUCCCGUGAAAAUAGAAUAUAAGAUGUGAUUAUUGUAGACGAUUAUGAUCCCCUUUGUAAUAUGUUUUCAUUAAAUCGCACUAAUGUAUAAUAGGUCAGUUAUAUUAGUUUUCAUUACAAAUAUAUGCAUAUUUAUUGUUAUCUAUGUAUAAGUAAAAUUAUAUAGGUUUUUCAUUCUUGAA